AUGACAAUGAGACAGGACACGAGCUUUGGCAGACAGGAGUUUGUCGGGUAUCUGUGGACUUCCGCUGGACUUUGGAUCUUUGAUAGACUUCUCCGUGUCGUUCGUAUGGUCUACUGCAACAUGAACGCUCAUGUUGGAGGUGGCUUUUUGCGGGCCACAUCUUCCACGGCCACUUACGACCCAGUCAGCGACCUCAUCAAGAUUGAGAUAGUUCCCGGAGUGACGACAAGCCCAAACCUGGGAGGUAUUCUUAAGUUUUUGGAGAACCACACUUUCUCACUGGGUGCUUGGGCAUCAGCUUCCGAAGUUAAAGCGGAAAAUGGCUCGCCGAAAGAUAAUCUAAAGAAGCUCAUUUUCUAUAUCCGCCCUUACGAUGGAUGGACUCGCCGUCUUCCUGAUCAAUGCCGCAAGGCUAGUGGGGUGUUUCACCCCAAACUUCUCCUAAAAGGGCCUUACGGGCAUACCGAGCCUAUGCACCAUUUUCACCGGAAUCUUAUUGUCGUCGGAGGAACCGGUAUUGCUUGCAUCGUAGUCAAGUGA